CCAUCACCUGGGGGAAACAAGGCCUGCCGUCAUUCACUUGGGCUCUGGGUUCCAUCUCUUUCUUUCCCAAGGAUUUCCAUCUUUAUUAUUCUCUCGUUGCCUUUUUCUGGGUCUUUCCCACCAGAAGUGAAACAUUCUUUUUGUUUGUUUUGGGACUAGGUUUUGCUGUGUUGCCCAGGCUAGCCGUGAAUUGUGAUCUUCCUAUCUCAGCCUCCCAGCUGAAUGAGAGCAUAUCCCAGUUGGUGACAGACAUGUUUUACCGGUUGCUGUCAAUUGUCCGAACACAAAGAAGCAGCCCAGGAUGGCAGAGUUGGUCCUCGACAAGAAGCAUCACGUCAGCUGCCGAGGCGCAUUCUGUCACCCUGCCCUCUCAGGCCCAGGUGGUCAUUUGUGGAGGUGGAAUCAUGGGCACAUCUGUGGCCUAUCACCUCUCCAAGAUGGGAUGGAAGGAUAUCAUCCUUUUGGAGCAGGGCAGGCUGGCUGCUGGCUCUUCCAGGUUCUGUGCUGGCAUCGUGAGCACUGCCAGACACUUAACCAUUGAGCAGAAGAUGGCAGACUAUUCAAACAAACUCUACUAUCAGUUAGAGCAAGAAACAGGGAUCCAAACAGGUUACAUCAGGACUGGCUCAAUCUCUCUGGCCCAAACGCAGGACCGGCUGAUCUCCCUGAAGCGCAUCAACUCAAGGCUGAAUGUUAUAGGCAUCCCUUCUGAGAUCAUCUCCCCCAAGAAAGUGGCUGAACUUCAUCCUCUCCUCAAUGUGCAUGACCUGGUGGGAGCCAUGCACGUUCCUGAGGAUGCAGUGGUGUCCUCUGCUGAUGUGGCUCUUGCCCUGGCAAACGCUGCCUCCCAGAAUGGCAUUCAGAUUUAUGACCGGACAACUGUUCUUCAUGUAAUGGUCAAAAAAGGCCAAGUUACUGGUGUGGAGACAGAUAAAGGACAGAUUGAGUGCCAGUAUUUUGUCAACUGUGCUGGUCAGUGGGCAUACGAGCUGGGUCUGUCCAACGAGGAGCCGGUUAGUAUCCCGGUACAUGCCUGCGAACACUUCUACCUUCUGACUCGCCCCUUGGAGACCCCUCUGCAGAGCAACACACCAACUAUUGUGGAUGCUGAUGGAAGAAUUUAUAUUCGGAACUGGCAGGGUGGCAUAUUGUCUGGGGGCUUUGAGAAGAACCCAAAACCUAUUUUCACUGAAGGCAAGAAUCAGCUGGAAAUUCAGAACCUGCAGGAAGACUGGGAUCAUUUUGAGCCCCUGUUGAGUUCCCUCCUGCGUAGGAUGCCAGAAUUGGAGACUCUGGAGAUCAUGAAGUUGGUGAAUUGCCCCGAGACCUUCACACCAGACAUGAGGUGCAUCAUGGGCGAGUCUCCUAUAGUACAGGGCUACUUUGUCCUGGCAGGGAUGAACUCUGCAGGCCUGUCAUUUGGUGGAGGAGCUGGAAAGUAUCUUGCUGAGUGGAUGGUACAUGGCUAUCCCUCAGAAAAUGUCUGGCCAUUGGAUUUGAAGCGCUUUGGAGCCCUCCAGAGCAGCCGGACCUUUCUACGCCACCGGGUCAUGGAAGUCAUGCCUCUGAUGUAUGAUCUGAAGGUUCCCCGUUGGGACUUCCAGACUGGUAGGCAGUUACGCACAUCUCCUCUCUAUGACCGGCUGGAUGCACAAGGAGCCAGAUGGAUGGAGAAACAUGGAUUUGAGAGGCCAAAGUACUUUGUUCCACCUGACAAGGAUCUCCUCCCACUAGAGCAGAGCAAGACUUUCUACAAGCCAGAUUGGUUUGACAUUGUGGAGUCUGAAGUCAAGUGCUGUAAGGAAGCUGUUUGUGUCAUUGACAUGUCGUCUUUCACAAAGUUUGAGAUAACAUCCACUGGAGAUCAAGCAUUAGGAAUUCUACAGUACCUCUUUUCCAAUGACCUGGAUGUGCCUGUGGGCCAUAUUGUGCAUACCGGCAUGCUCAAUGAGGGUGGAGGGUACGAAAACGACUGCAGCAUUGCACGCUUGAACAAGCGCAGUUUCUUCAUGAUCUCUCCAACCGACCAGCAGGUCCACUGUUGGGCCUGGCUUAAAAAAUACAUGCCAAAAGACAGCAACCUGCUGCUGGAGGAUGUCAGCUGGAAAUACACCGCCCUCAAUCUGAUUGGCCCUCGAGCUGUGGAUGUGCUGUCCGAGUUGUCCUAUGCCCCUAUGACUCCAGACCACUUCCCAACUCUCUUCUGCAAGGAGAUGAGUGUGGGCUACGCAAAUGGGAUCCGGGUGAUGAGCGUGACUCACACAGGAGAGCCAGGGUUCAUGCUUUACAUCCCCAUAGAGUAUGCCCUUCACGUGUACAAUGAAGUGAUGAGUGUUGGGCAGAAAUACGGAAUCCGGAAUGCUGGGUAUUAUGCUCUUCGCAGUCUCCGAAUUGAGAAGUUUUUUGCCUUCUGGGGUCAGGAUUUAAAUACCCUCACCACACCCCUGGAAUGUGGAGGAGAGUCUCGGGUGAAAUUAGACAAGGGCAUGGAUUUCAUUGGCCGGGAUGCCCUGCUGCAGCAGAAACAAAAUGGGGUAUAUAAACGCCUCACUAUGUUCAUCUUGGAUGACCAUGACACAGACCUAGAUCUCUGGCCUUGGUGGGGAGAGCCCAUUUAUCGGAAUGGGCAAUACGUUGGCAAGACUACCAGCAGUGCCUAUAGCUAUACCCUGGAGCGCCAUGUGUGCCUAGGCUUUGUGCACAAUUUUUCUGAGGACAGUGGGGAAGAGCAGGUGGUGACAGCAGAUUUCAUCAACCGAGGAGAAUAUGAAAUUGACAUCGCAGGAAACCGGUUCCAGGCCAAGGCCAAGCUCUACCCUGUCCCUUCCCUCUUCACCCACAAGCGCCGAAAGGAUGAUUCAGAGCUGAGUGACUUGCAUGGAGGGAAGUAAUGUUAGGACACGCCCCUCUCCUCCCGAUCACCUCAUCCUGAGGAGCAUCCCUUUCUCUGUCCCUGCCCAUGCUUACUGAAGGUAACUUCACCUCCCCUCUCUUUAUCUCCUUGAUAUAAUUUUGAACUUGACCUACCUUAAAGCUUACCUUGCAGCCUUCCUGUCCUUUCAAAACUCUUCACCUUCCAUUUGCUGUUGCCCUCAUAAUACCCUGAGCUUUUCUUCCCAUCCCCCACCUGACGGGAAGUGUAUCUAACAGCAGGACAGAAGCAAGCUCUAUUGUAGAAUUGUGUUAAGGUAACAGAUUUUAAAUUUGGCAUCUCUAAACAGUGCAAGCUAGUGUGACACAGGCCUCAGGGCAGGAGUCCAUUACUUUUCUAGGAGUAACCUGCUAAUCUGAUGGUAACAGCUUGUGCCUCUUAGCCAGGCAGAUUGUUCUCCUAUUCCACUGCUCUCUGUGGUUUAGCAUCUGAUACCUCUAGCAAAAGGAUGAUCAUCUACCUCAGUAUUGAGAGGCACUCAUUGCAUGGACGUUGUCCUGUCUGUCGCAGAAACAAUUCACCUGGCACCAUUCUCACCCUCCAUCCUGAACUAGUUCUCAAACCUUUGGGCUAGGGCAGUUUGCCUGUAAUUUUCUUAUUUUUUGUUUAAAGAUUAUCUUUUUCCCCCCCGGGGGAGGGCAGUACUGGGGUUCAAACUCAGGCCCUCACACUUUCUAGGCAGGUGCUCUACCACUUGAGCUACUCCACCAGCUAUAAUUUUCAUCUUUUGCUAAUCUCUGUAAUAAGGUAAUGUUUAGUUUCCUAGUUGAGUAAAACAGGAUACAGGUGUUUAUGCCACUGUCAAUACUAAAUUUCCUAAUAUUGAAACAGCAGCUGCUUUUCUUUCAGCUAUUCAAAGGUCAUUCAUUCCAUCUUGAUUUUUCCUCUUCACGUGACUCUUAGCCUCACCUGUGUAGUCAGACCAGAAGCUCAACAUAAUUUCUCUCCUUUUAGAAUAGGGAGGGAUAAUUUCUCUCCUUUUAGAAUAGGGAGGGAAAGGCUUUUUUUUGUUUUGUUUUUGAGGGGGAAGGUUUGAACACUGCUGUUCAUGCCAAGUUCUGAGAGCUACCAGCACUCCAAGCUUUAUGUUCCCUGGCAUGGUACAAACAAAGCCACACAGAGCUGACCACUGAGCUGGUCCAUUGAAAGAUCUGAGUACCGUGGGUAUGAUAGAAGGCUAGAAGACUGCCUUUUAUCUUUUCUUUCUAGGCUUUACCCCCGAACACACACCAUUCAGCCAUCCCUCUAUCUUCUUUGGAAUGGAAAAUGACUUGGGGUACCCCAAAAGUGCCCUGCACCCUCUCAAGCUGUAUCUGUUUUCUGAAGGUGAACCUUGUAUAUCACAGACUGUGCUACCCAGCCCCAACCUUUAAUUUCUCUUUUGUAAAAACUGUCCUAGUAUAGGUUUUUAAAAGUAUAAUCAAACUGUUGUAAUUCAACUGUAGCCUGUGCUGUCUUGGUACCUUCAGUCUACAAGUAUAUUAAAGGAGAGCCUUUAUUUCAUUCAUAGAGCAGCUUAAAAUUCUCAGGUUUCUGUCAUCUCUGUGGGAUCUGUUACCCACUAAGUCAGACGAGCUCCUUCCAGACAUUUAUUGCUAUUACCCCAGCUAGACCACUCCUACUUGAUUACUGACUUUAGUGUCCACCUGUUUUUGGUGGGCUCUUAGUUGACUUGCUAAGAGAGCAUGUAAUUCUGUUUGGGUCCUUGCUCUUUUGUAGCAAAUGUAUAUUUAACUAGCUGAGAGAUGCUUAUAGGCAAACAGGAGAAAGGAGGAAUGGUAUUGCCUCAUUGGAGAGCCAAGUAAAGGAGGACUCAGGAACAUGCCAAAGUCAUCUAUGUAAGUGAAAAUUUGGAAUUGAAUCCAAAAGAAAUUCUUGAUUUAAGCAUAGAUAGUACAAAUGUGACAAUGUUUGUUAACUGUUACAUAGGAAGGCUCUAUUAAGUUCCAAAUUGAAAAAAAAAAUCACCAUCUCUAUAGUUUAAAAAAUUGGGGAGAAUCAUCCUCACAGUGUAUCAUUCAAGUAGAAGUGUCAUCAGAAGUAUAUUCAAGCUGGGUGCUGGUGGUUCACACCUCUAAUCCUAGCUGCUUGGGAGGUUCACACUUUGAGGCCAGCCCAGGCAAAUAGUUCUCGAGACCACCU